GGCUGAGAUUCGAGAAAAGGAGCAGUGUCGACUUGGCGCUUGCGACGGUCGCCUCUCAGCCUUACCCGUCGUACCAACACUUAAGAAGUCCUUAUAAAUCGCGGGUUUACAUUUAAUAUUCUUAUUUGUUCGUGUAACCUAUAAGUGGACAAUGAAACUGGCAGUUUCGAUUCUUAUAGCGGUGCUCGCGGUGGUGCAAGGCACGAGCAUUUUGGAUUACCUAGACUGGGAAGAUGGCAAAAAACUUAUCGAAGUACCGGAACUGCGCAAUGAUCAACCUAACCGCAACUGCAUGUGUAAGGGGCCAGCCUGCGUGUGCUGUGUUAACUUCAAUAUUACUCUCGUUGACCUCGGUGGACCAGGUUGUGUGCAUAUGAAAUACGUGUCUCCCGAUGAAGGAUUUUCAGUGAAAGUAUCGUAUGGCAAAAAUCUACUACAUAGCUCGAAAAUACAAGGCGCAAACCCAGCCCCUAUAUGCUUAGAAGUCUUCGGUAAAUUCGCCCAGCUCUGUGCUAAAUUCAGCGAUCUGGCGCCCACAGCUGAUGGUCUGCGUGGUUGCUUAGAUUUAGAGCCAAAGCUUCUUGGAGAAUCCCAACUAGAGUUUCCAAUCGGCUGUUUCAAGUCCACCGCCGGUGGUAUGGAGAUGGAAGACCCACCCGCUGAGCAAGAAUCAACUACAGAGCAAGAAGACAACACAGAAGAUCCUAACCAAUUUGACGCAGAAUCAUUCUUACUAGGCGUCUACCAAACUGCCGAACAAGGAGUAGCAUUUUUGAGUAGUCUUCUAGAUCUACCUAACAAAUUGAACUCAACAAAACCCGUACAACCUAGCGUCACUACGAUAAAACCUGAAGAAGGCAGUCCAUCAGAAUCAUCUCAAAGAAGAGUCUCGAAGAACUUGAAACAUCCCAAUCAAUUGUGAUAGAAAGUACCUAACCUACAUUCCUAUUUAAGUACAAAAUACAGCAUUUUCUUAGUGUUACUUUAACUUAGCAAAAUUAGAAUGUACUAUGAGCGCUUUUAUUUUAUUGAGUAAUUCUAUUUAUUGCUUGAAGUUACUGGAAGAUAUAUAAUACUUAUAAUCUAAGACUAGACUGUAAUUUAAUUAAAAGUUAUUUAAUUUUAUCACAUUAUUUCUU